UUUUUUUGAACUGCCUUUUCCUGACGACACGCGGCGCUGCGUGAACUGCGUGAACAGUUUCAACUUCCGCACACUAUGAUGAACAGGACGAGCUGCCACCACUGCUAGGCGUCCUCACAACACUCACCAAAAGAUUUGGACAAAAUGUCAGACUCAAGCUCUGAUUCUGACUAUGGUGUUGACUGGGACGACGUCAAAGACCGGAUGAGUGUUAAACUUUUGUCCAAAAAUAAUACAAUUGUUGCCCUUCGUCCAUCGGAGGAGGUUUUUGACAAAUGGAGUCGUAUCCCUUUUGAAACCAAAAGAGAAGCUACGCAAAAGAUGAAACUGUGCUCCUUCUGGCUGCCCAUAUGGCUGCAGCGAGAAGAGCCCAGCACUACUGCCUGCUGGGCUCUACGAACAGGGCUGAUUGACUCAAAUGACGGUGGCGAGAUAAGUCUGAAGCAGCUGCACAAGAUUGAAAUAUUGGAGGCAGUUUUCAGAGCCUUGGAGAAAGGAACUAUGAAAAAGGACCAAACAAAGCAUGUCGUCUGGAUAAGCAACAUGUUCAACUUGCGCUCCCCAGAGGUUCUGGAGGAGGCACUCAAUUGGUUGGAGCGAACGGGAGAACCUCGAAUCCGCCAGUUGGUCCUCGAUCUCGGCCAUCCGAACACCGUUUUCCAGGCCCUGCAUGUCGUCUUCACAGAGUUUGCCAAAUAUAUAAAGGACAUGGGUUCCAACAUGGACAGGACGAUGAAGUCACUGAUGGCUCGGCCAACUGAAUACCAUAUGGAGAAAAGUGAAGAAAUGAAAAAGAAAGGAAAUGAAAAUUUUCAGAAAAGUCAGUAUGAAGAUGCUGUGAAGUUUUAUACUAAAGCCAUCAAAUAUUAUCCUGACAACCACAUCUAUUAUGGGAACAGAGCCCUGGGCUAUAUCCGCUGUCGGCAAUAUCUAAAAGCUGUUGGUGAUGGAAAACGUGCAACUCUGAUAAAACCGCUCUGGGCAAAGGGUCACUACCGCUUCUGUGAGGCUUUGUACUCCUUGGGAGAGUGCACAAAGGCGAUUGAUGCCAACCGUACAGCCCAGACUCUGUGUAAAGACAACGUCGGGGGAGUCAAAGACCUGGAACAACAAUACCUGAAAUUCAUGCAUGAAAUGCCAUCACUGACAGUUGGACUGACAAGGAAAGCUAAAAGGGUGGAGACCCCGAACAAAGCGCAGGCAGUAGAGUCCCGACCAGCGGCUGCAAAAGCUGUUAAUAAAGUUAAUCCUCCGACUCCGAGUAAAGUGUCGGAGGUAAAGGUGGAAAAGCAGCCAGGGAAGAAUGAAAGGACCACACAGCCAGAGGGCAAAAACUCUAAAGCAUCAAAAAGUGAGGCUCCUACAAAGAUGGCGAAAGCAGAGUCCAAUACUGCGGCUGCAAAGAAGAAACCAAAGAACAGCAGUCAGACUGAAGUUGAGAACCAGACGGUGGAUGGAGGUAAAGCCGCUUUGUCCAGAGAGUUGAGGUUGUUGAUGGAGGAUGCAUACACCGCUCUGGCUGACCUCCGCAGUCGUAAUGCAGAGCAGGCCUUCAGGAAGGCACUGGCCUUACUGGGAACCAGCGUAGCCAAGAACAUUGAAAUCGUGCCGGGGGAAGACUAUAGCGGAGGGAAAUUAGAAGAACUGGAACUUUCCACGGAGGAUUUGCUGUUGUUGCCGUGGGGCCGCGCGAGAGCCCUGACAGACAUCGGCCAGCCUGAGGAACUGAAAGAAGCACGAACGAUUCUGGAGAAGAUCAAAGCGUUUGAGGAGAGAACGUUUCAGUGUCUGGUUUACUACGCCUUGGGGAGGGUCCACCUUCGAGAGAACAGGUUUUCAGUUGCUCUGGAGCAGUUUUCAGAUGCACUGCAGAUGGUGAAGAAUCGAAUAACAUCUGGUAAACUUACCUGGCCUUUAACUAAAGAGAUUGUCAAAGAAACUGAGCCGGAGUAUUUCAUGGACAUUCUGCUGCGUGAUAUAGAGUUCUGCAGAUUUCCUCCUGUUCCAGAUGCCAUUUGUCGACUUGAGAAAUGCCUCUACCCUUUGAAAGCUGAAAUCUACUUCACAGACCCAGAUUUUAAGGGCUUUAUUCAAAUAUGCUGCUGUCAGAGCUGCACUGUUGAAUACCACAUCGCCUGUUGGAAGACCCUCAAGACAUCAUCCUUUUCAGAAAAGAAUGAAAAGGAUUUUCUGCAAGAGUCGUGUUUGACUCCAGACUGUGUCGGCCAAAUCUGUAGUAUUAAGAUCAUUGGUCCGACGGGGUUGUUGAAGUGUAAGUUUGAAGCUGCCAUCACCAAACCACAGAUGCCAAAGAAGCCCAAAGUAAAUCAGAAAUGUACAAGUCUGAAAAAGUUAAAAUCAAAGGAAGAACACAGACUCAAGAGGAAGCAGCAUAAGCAGUCAUUUCAAGAAAAACAGGCGAUCAACGAAGAGAUUCUGCAGCAGAAAGAAGACUCUGCAACACAACAGAGUCAACAGAAAGCUUGGUUGGUCUACAGGGAUCGAGUUCUUCUUCAGAUCAACCAGCACCUUGAGCUGCUGAGAGAGGAGAAGGGCCUCCAUGUGUCAGCCCUGACCGGCUGUCUGAAGCCCUGGCUGGAGCUGGACUCGUCCAGGGGGAGCCUGGUGGCCGACAGGCUCCUGAACUGGCAACAGGAGCAGCUGGAGACUCUGGGUCAGGUGGUGGAUCUGCUACUGGAGAGAAAGAACCGGGUCUGGGCUCGUGUCCUUGUGCAGCUGCUCAGUAGCUGUCAGGAUAUAAAUCCUAAACUCAACAACUGGGCGUGCCAGCUCAACGAUGCAGGUUUGAAUGCGGCCAAAUCCUUCAUUGACCGCUACGAGGGACACUUGGAGCAGCUGGAUCUGGGUUUCCUGCUCAACUUUGGCCCGUUGCAGGACGUGAUUAUAGAGAAGCUCGGUACUAGGCCGGAGCUUUUUUCAAGCAUUGGCUUGACUGUGACUGAAUACCUAAAACAGGCCUCAGCACAUGACGCAAGACUCUUUAUCUGGACUCUGGAGGAGCAUAGAGACGGGUAUCUAUCCUGCAGCGCUAUACUGGAUGAAUAUUUUGAUAUGAUGGAUGGACAUUGUUCAGUCUUAAAAAAGUCUGAUGAAAAUCAAAAUAAUUCUCCUAUGAAGACUCGAGGCCGGAAAAAGAAGCAGAAAGAGCAAAAGGGUGUUUUUGUUUUGCCAACCCUGAGAGCUCUACCUCACAGAGAAGAAUUGGACCAAGACUAUUUUGAGGAUGAAUCUUUAUCAUUCCUUGACCCUGGUGAUCCGUUCAGUGUACCGAGUCACCUUCGAGACCAAGUGGCCGAUUUUGAGGAGCAGUACAACAGCACCAGACACGGAAGUCACUAUAAAAAGAUUUUGGACAACAACCCAGACUCAACAAAAGAGAGUUUGUAUGACUACUUUGUUCUGAUCCUGGAGGAGCACGGUCCGCUCGUAGCAGAGGACCCUCUGCUGGUGGGUGAACUGGGGAAUUUCCCCCCCGAGGCUCAGCUAAAGAUCCAGGAGGCGGGCGGCUUCGAGGCCUUCCUCCUCGACUCCCUUCGCUUCAUAAAGAUGGGGAGGUGCAUCGGCCUGAUGAAGCACGCAGUCUGCCUGCAGCAGGCCGGACAUGGAGCCAGCCUCGAUGACCUGGAUGAAAUAGACUUGGACACUGCCUCUCCUGUUUUGGAUGCGACUCAUUCAUCUGCAUUCAUGAACUAUCUGGACGGUUUUUCAACUGCACAUACUGACUCCUAUCCCAUCCUCCCAAAUCCUUAUGUAACACCUCCGCUCGGCCAGUCCGCUGCUGCAGACGCUCUGACAGGGAUUCCCUUUUACCAGUGGACUAAUGGUGACUAUCAGCAGCAACCCCAUUACUUUAUACCUAAUGGCUACGGGGAGCUGGAUCUUCCUACCAGUGAUGGUGAUGAUUUGGAAACUUCUUCAGUGACGACUGACGAAGGCUUUUGGAAGAAACAUGCAUCUGUGCAGACGUGUCAGGAGACCAUGAGGAGUGUAGCCGUCAAUACAGAGAUCCAUGAUCGUUUUGAAAGCUGCCAGGGUGACAUCACCAAAAAACAAAAGAGCAUCAACCUGUUGGAGCAGCAGAUAAAGGAAAUGUCUGAAGGCUGUGACAGGGUCAGCACCAGGCACAAAGAAGACCUCGCCGUCCUCGAGGAAGAUGUUCAGAAGAUCGUUGUGAAUGUACAAGUUACCAAUAAGGAGCUGGCACUGUUCCAGCAGAAGCUGGAAGAGGAGGUGAAGAAGGACCAGAAGGAGAAGAAAGCAAACCAGGAAGGACUGAAGUCCCUGAAGGUGAAGAUAGAAGACCUGCUGGAGCAACACGGGAGUCUCACCCGAAGCAUCCGAGAGAAGAAAACCUGCUUUGACACAAAGCUGAGUGAUUUCCUUGAGUUGAGCAAUCAGUCAGCAGCUGAGAAAAUGAGUCUGGAGGACGAGAUCAAACGCUGCAAGGCCUCCAUCACCUCCGCCACCAGGAGGUCUCGCACAGCUCAGGUGUGUGUGGUGGAGAGCGCUCGGGAUCAGGAUUUGUACGGACUCUACAGAGAGCUGGCCAAUGGCAAAGCUGUCCUGGCCAAACUGGAUGAAGCGGCACACAGAUACCCAAACCCAGACCUGGAAAUCAGUAGAAACGGCUGGAGAGUCAACAUCCAAGAAGUGGAAAAGAAAAUCUCCACUGUUGAGGCUCAGUACAAGGAGCAGCUGGAUCAGGUGAAGAACGGUAGAAGAGCCAGUGAGCUGCUUCCAGUCAACGUCAACAACCAGCCGGAGCCUCCAGCUGCACCACAGUCUGUGGCUCCUCCACCUUCAUCCUCCCACAUCGCUCACUCCAUCACCCCCCCGUCCGUAGCUGAAGCUGCAGCCCCUCCACAGCAGCUCAAACCUCCAACCAGGGCCCCGGAGCCGCCGCACAGCACCGUGUUCGACAAAGCCAUGGAGCGUCUGACCACCAUGUUCCCAGAGUACACCAGGUCCCACUUGAUGAAGUUUAUGAAGGAGCUGCGUUCAGGCGGAGGAGGAAGCCUUAACAGCAUGUCGUUGCAGGAUCUGGUCGGUGGAGUGACCCAGCUGAUCCUGGAUCAUCAGGAGAAGCUUAAUGCAGCCAAAUCAAACGCCAUGGCGUCAGCUCCAUACAGCACCCCGCCUUACAGCGCCCAGGUGUGGCAGCCAGUGGGUCCCCAAAGAUCCACACCCACCAACGCACUGAAUGUGGAGGAUCCGUGCAUCAUCUGUCAUGAGGACAUGAGUCCAGACGACAUCUGUGUGCUUGUGUGCAGACACAGCUUCCACAAUGAGUGUAUCCGGUCGUGGCUGAAGGAGCAGAGGACCUGUCCCACCUGCAGAGAUCACACGCUGCUGCCAGACGACUUCCCCGCUCUGUCAGGGAGAAGACGUCCAUGAUGUCUUAACCCUCUUUCAAUUUAAUUUUAACGCAUAGUCUUUUGUAUUGCUUUAAUGUCCGCACAUGCAAUUUCUAUUCUUUGAAUAAACAAAAAUGUCUUGUGCCUAA